AGUAACCAUAUAUAUUCUAAGUGAACAGUAAUUUGAUAAUUUAGAGAACUGAGUUCAGUGUAUCCGCAGAGAAUUUGUGAAACCCUGAUUUCGUAUUGAGUCCAGUGGUCCGUGUUACAAUGGCAUGUUUGAUUGUGUGCGCCUUGGUUGCCGCACUAGCAGUACUUGUAACCGCUUACAUCCAGUGGGGGUACACGUACUGGAAACGAAGGGGUCUCCCCCACAUUCCACCCACGUUCCCGUACGGUAACUAUGAACCAAUAUUUUCGAGAAAACAACAUUUCGGCGAAUGGGCGAAGAGUUUUUAUGACCAAUUCAAAUCUCGCGGAGUGAAACACGCAGGAUUGUACGUGCUAUCGAAACCAAUCUAUCUACCAAUUGCGACCGAUUAUGUAAAAAACGUCCUCCAGAACGAUUUCCGCCACUUUGUCAAUCGAGGAACUUACUACAAUGAAAAGGAUGAUCCCUUAAGCGCUCACCUGUUUAACCUCAGUGGACAAAAGUGGAGAGACCUACGCACCAAGUUGACACCAACUUUUACUUCGGGUAAAAUGAAGAGGAUGUUCAACACGCUAUUGGACUGUACUGUGCCAAUGCGCGAAGCGGUAGCAAGCCACUGCGUUGACGGAACCCCAGUAAUGAUCAAGGAGGUUAUUGCCAGAUUUACGACGGAUGUAAUUGGUUCGUGCGCGUUUGGUCUAGAAUGUAAUAGCUUCAAAGACGACGAUGCCGCCUUCCGCCAUCACGGGCGAGCGUUGUUUAACACCCAGGACAAGCUAAAUCGAGCUAAACGAGGGCUUGCUAAUAUCUUUCCAACCCUGUCCAGAAUGUUAGGUGUUGCGCUACUUCCCAAAGAGAGCACUCAAUUUUUCUUCAACGCAGUGAGGGACACAAUCCAACAUAGGGAAAAAAAUAAUGUUGUUAGGAACGAUAUGUUACAAAUUCUGAUUGAAUUACAAAAAAGUAACAAGGAAAGUGGAAAACCGAUGUUAACCAUGGAACAGAUGGCUGCUGAAGCUUUUGUAUUCUUCAUAGCCGGAUUUGAAACCUCCUCAUCAGUUACCACUCUCUGUUUGUACGAGUUGGCAAGAAAUGAAGACAUCCAAAACAAAGUUAGGGAGGAGAUCGAGAGUACUUUAAGAGAAAACGACGACGAGAUCACUUAUGAGGCAGUCAUGGGCAUGAAAUAUCUGGACCAAGUUGUUAACGAAACGAUGAGGUUGUAUCCAUCGCUGACAUUUUUAACCCGGGAAUGCGUCCAAGACUAUCCGGUACCAGACACGGAUGUGGUAAUCGAGAAGAAUACUCUGGUUGUAAUACCAUCUAUUGCCUUACACAAAGAUCCAGAGUUUUGGGACAAUCCUGAAGCAUUUGACCCUGAGCAUUUUUCGGCUGAAAAUACUCCUAAAAUUACACCAUUCACAUAUAUGCCAUUUGGUGAGGGACCUCGAACAUGCAUAGGUAUGCGAUUUGGAACAAUGCAGGUUAAAGUGGGCUUAACGACUCUUUUGAAAGACUAUGCGUUUUCUGUUUGUUCAAAAACUGUACCGCCCGUUUUGGAUAAAUAUUUAUUCAUCUCAAAUACUCGAGAUCCUGUAUGGUUGAACGUUAGGAAGAUAACGUAAACAAACAAGUGUAUCAUUCGUAAUCAUUGGGGUAUUUAUUGGCUUUGUCAGCCUGCAUUCUUUCGGUUUUAAAUCAUUUAUUUAGAAUGAAUAAGAUUUUAUUCAAGCAAGAGUAUUAUAACUUAGGGAUGAUUUAUAAAACAAAAGUAUUAAAAGCUACGCACA